AUGGCGAAAAAUAUAACCUCAAAUUUUGAGUGCUCAACGAACAUUAAUAAUGACAUUAAAACUAAUAGCAUACACCCUUGUGCCUGUGACUUUCGUGUCGAAAUAUUUAAUUGUCCUGAAGCCAAUUAUUUACACAACUUAUACAUAGCAAGUAUAAUUGGAUGUGCGUUAGUACUAAUCAGUUUAAUACCUUUAUUGAUAUAUCGAACGAAGUGCAAAAAUGGAAAGUUUGAAAGGAACUUUAAUGCUCGUGGUGGUGGCAGCAUUGGAAGACAACACAAUAAAAAGUAUUCGCCUAGGUUUUCGAAUUUGGUGUUAUCAGGAAUUGCAAAUAAUAAGCCAGUUUUUCAACCGAGACCUGUGGAAACAUAUUACUUGAUCCACAUAGCAGCGCGAUUGGUUACAUCUACGAUGAUUGUCAAAGAUAUCCUACCACAGUUUGCAUGGAAAGAAUUUUUAAACGAAUUUCCUUGGACAUUUGGAUAUAUGGGAAUUGGAAUGUAUUUAAUUGGGAUUAUGUAUGUUGAUGUAGAAACACAACAAUUAGUAUUAGCACCUAAAAGAAGUAUUUCACAUCAUUACCACACCUUGACACCGGAAAAACUGGAUAUUUUCGGAUGGCUAAUAGUAAUAGUUCCAUUCACCACUUUGAAUAUACUGGCUAUACUUUCCGGUGUAUUUCGAGAUUAUGGUCAUAGAACAUUGGCUGACAUUUUAGUAAAGAUUCAUUAUGCGUGGUGGGCAUUAUUAUGUUUCUUGAUGGCAGCCGGCUUAUUUUAUUUCGGUAAUCGAUUAUUGACUAUAUUACGUGGUCAAUUAAAAGAGUUUACUGGGCCUGGAUGUGUUGCAGGUGCAUUGUCGAAAAUGCAAUUGGAAGAAAUCAGGCGAAGAUUGUUAAAAUUAAAAGUAAUACUUUCUUGUAUGAUUGCUACGAUGUUAUUCUUCACUAUAUCACUAUUUAUUUUUGCAUUUUUUCGUGAAUACACGUUAAUUCAUGCGAGCAAAUUUCUGUCAUUCACUUGGAUUCUACUCUCUCCGUUUAUGAUUUUGAUAACUGUUAUAGCAAUAGCGAUCAAUACGAUAAAAGACGAAACAACAUCAUCGACAAUCAAUUAUUUUUCCUUGUAUGUGCCAUCAUGGCCUCCAUCUUCUCCACUACCAAUAAUAUCAGAAAGCAGCAACGUCAAUCCCAAUCCGAAUUACAAUCCGUCUUGGGCAUCGCCACCAAUGAUGCACGGUUUUGACUGGCCAUCGCCACAACCGCAAAUAACGAAUAAUUUAGAAGCAUCGCCUUCAUCGAAUCAAUCGAUAACUUCAUCCAACACAAAUAACUUUACUAAUAACAAUCAUCAUAAUAAUUAUCCACGUCGAAAAAAUUCAGCUUGGUAUCGAGAUGGGGGGUUUUAUCGUUCGAUUACCAUGUCAAUACUUUCUUCGUUUGGUACGCAACCUUUAGCAUCACAAUCGCAACAGAGCGCAAUUGGAAUAGCUGAUUCCCAUGGAAGGAAAUCAAGUGCCGGAAUUCCGUUAUUAUGA